AUGCAAAAAGAGAACCUCUCUAUAAUAGAGAUGUGGAAAAAAAAUCGUUUUGAAGAACGGAGGAUUGAGGUUGUCCAAUACAAAAAUCGACCUUUUAUUCAAAUUGAUAAACGCCCACGAAUUGAUUUAACUAAAGCCAUUGUUAGUAGGACAAUAGAAAUGGAAAUACCAAUAGAAGAAAGUAAGAAAUCACUAUGUUUUGAAGUUGUUUAUGAUAAACAAUUUGUCUUUUUUUGUAAAGAUGAUGACAUGGUUAGAUAUUGGGUAAAUAAAAUGGCGUUAGUUUCAAAGACACUUGGAGUGUUUGGGUAUCCACUAUCAUGUGCAGUUAAAAAAUCUUCAUGGCGUUUUCCUAUUCCAGUAUUUAGAUCAUUACAAUAUUUAUUAACACAUGAAGGAAAAGAGUUAGAAGGAAUAUUUAGAACUAACGCAUCUCAUGUGUCAUUGUCAAGAAUUAAAACAAUAUUAGACGGUGAUCAAGAUGUUGAUAUGGAGUCAUUUGAUGAUUGUAGAGUUGCUGCAGCAAUAUUAAAAGAUUAUCUUCGACAAUUACCAGAACCAUUAAUCCCAUAUGAAUACUAUAAACAAUUUAUUGAAUUACCAUUAAAAACUACUGACCCAAAACUGUUUAUGGAAAGUCUUCCUAAAAUGAAUCAAGAUACUUUGUGGUAUUUAUGUAGUUUUUUAUAUGAAAUUCAAUUAAAUGAAGAAAAAACAAGAAUGAAUGCAUCAAAUUUAGCCACAUGUAUUGGGUUAACUGUUUGUAGACCACCACCAUUUGAAGGUGUUGAUGAAUUAAUUCAUACAAAAAAUGCUAUAUCAGCUUUUGAAUUUGUAUUAAAUAAUUACGAACCAAUAUUUUUUUCUAUUAAACAACGUAAUGAAAAAGAAGGAUUAAUACCACCUGAAUAUCCAUGUGUUAUUCCACAUCAAAAAAUACCAUUUUGUAGAUUAACUGGUAUGAUUAAAACAUCUAUUAAAAAAGAUUCUGAUCUUCCUCAAGCAACACCUCAAGUAAGAACAAAAGCAAAACUAAGUAAAUGCAACAGUGAAACAAACUUAACUCCAGCACUUGAUAUAGAAAAAAAUAAAAAUAUCAGAGUUUCUGAAGUACCUUCAAAUCCUAAAGAAGAAUUAAAUAUUGAAAAAUUAGAUGAAGGAACAGAACAAGAAAAAGAAAAGGAAUUAGAACAUUGUGAAUCACCAAUUAGUGAUGGAACAACACCAAAAAUUAAAAAAGACCAAAAAGAAAAGAAGGGAAGAAAAGGAAGUGUUGAGGGAAAUAUUAAUACACUAAUUGCUAAAGGUUGGUCUAAAAUGAAGUUUGAAAGAAAAACUACUACAAAUUCUUCUUCUACCACAACUGAAUCAAAAGAAGAUAAAAAGAAAGAUGAAACUAAAGAAAAAGACACAAAACCUCCAAGAAGUCCAAGAGGACCUUUAUUAUCAUCUGGUUUUAAAAAACUUUCUCAAGAAAAGGAACAUAAACGAAAUGAACCUACAGAAUUAACAGAUGAACAAAUACUUACACAACAUAUCACUGAAAUGCAAAUUAAUCUUAUUGAAGACUUAAAAAAAGAGUUGGUUAAAUUAAAUGAUGAAUUAAAUAAAGUUAAAGCAGAACGUGAUUAUCUUAAAAAAAAAUAUGAACCAGAAAGUUUUAUUGAAUCUAAUAAAUAUGGAAUUACUACUGACAAUCAAAUUUCAUUUACUCAAAACCAAUUUAUUGAAGAAAAACAUGAAGAAAUUCAUACACAAUCUUUUAAUGACUAUGAACACAAUGAAAAAGAUAAUGAAAUAAAAGAUAGUAGUGAAAGUAGUAUAGAAAGUAAAGAAGAUAGUAAAGAAGAAAAGAAUGAAAAAUCUCCUUUAUUAAAAGAAAAUAAUGUAAUUCUUGAAAAAGAUAUUGAAUCACAUGAAAUUGGAAAAAAAGAAGGAGAAGAAUCAAAAGUAAUAUCUAGUUCAGGACCAGUACAUCUUUUAGAUGAAGAUACUGAAUUACCUAAUAAAGAAGUUAAAACAGACAAUAGUGAAUAG